CUAGCUCUGCCACUUCCGCCUCGAGGAGUAUUAGAUUCCUCGCUGACAGCCGAUCGAAGCGCCGGAAUAUCGUAGUCGUUCUAUCGGGGUCCGAGGCGAGUUUGUGGGCUACUCGAGGGAAGCCAUUUAGGGGUUUCGCGGGCGGCAGCUCAUAGCCUUGAUUCAUUUGCUGCUUUACAUCGGAAACGGGGUUUGGGUCCGCAAGAGAGAGGUGGGAGACUUUGAAGAUGGUGAUGGAGAAAAUGGAAGUUCAUCUGUGCUACCUCAUGCAGCCUUGCUAGAUACGCCACAUCUUGCAGCCCAACCAAGACGGCUGCGCCUUAACAUAAAGCUAUACUUGUGCCCGACAACUCGAGUCCAAUACUAUUGGCCGUAUGUUACGUCAAAACUCUUUUCGACUAUCGAUCUUGUCAUUUUGUUGUGUUUCUACAAACUUAAUGUUUCCGUCCCACGACCUGUUUACGCCUAUGCAUGCUAUAAAAGAUGAGUGAGGCGGACACACAGUCUCACAUCCUCAAAGAGCACUUGGAUUAUGUUAAUCGGAGACACAAAGGCACAUUUAGUUGCAUACACUGUUUUGAUGACCCCGACUGUGGGGAUUAUGCGUCGCGAGAGAGUCUAUGGAAGCAUUGUUUAGAGAACCACAGCCGGUGGUUUCCUACGAGUAGUGAUAAACUCUUGAGAUACAGGGAAGCCUACGAGGACGUAUGCUAUAGAGCGGCGAAGGUCAAAAGCACGAAUCCUGUCGACCAUGUGAAUGGCAAGCUUGCGCCUAGCGAGUCUGUCUUCGCUUCCUCCAACCCGCCGGGCCCCGUGGUUAGCUCACGAAUCCAAGACCUCGUCCCUGAGCCCAACGAAUCCCUCUCCUCCCCUUACGACCAAGACGAUGGCGAGAUACACCUCGAAUUACCAUCGGCCCAUCCCGCUAGCCAUUACACCGACUCUUUCGACUCGGUAACCAAUCACGAAGACAACCUCCAUAACUCCUCUAGCUUGCACGACCCCUUGAUCAACAACGAAGAUGAUCUCCCUAGCUCCGCACGUCACCAAGCUGAUAUUGCGGGCGAGCCCCUCAAGGUCGCCGCCGGUCUUCCGUGGCGGCAGCGGCUGCCGCACGUCGAAGUCACGCACAACCAUAUCCCUCUCCACAGCUACCUCUGCGACUCUUCCAACUUGCCAAGCAACUACAGAGACGAUACUAGUCACAAUAGCAACUACCGAGACAGUACCCGUGACGAUGACAGCUGCAAAAUCGAUGUCGCGAUCAGCUACGGCCCUCGCGCCGGCUUCUAUAGCGGCAUCUCUAACCUGUUUAACAGGAAUAAAAACAAGAUCCGUGAAGCUAGCAGCGACCAAACCGACAUUCCGGCUGAGCACGCUAAGCUUGCCUCUGACGUUCUAAGCAAGCACCAGCACGCUCUGAUCGGAAGCCCUAAGGCGUAUAGUGAGAGUUCUAUUAGGACCGAGCGAGGUAAACCGAUAGAGCCGCCUAGACGUAUCUCGCAGCUUGAUAUUAUGCCUAUUUCUCAGGGGCUACUCGUUACAGAAGGAAAAGAGAUAUAUGCAGGUCUAACAGGUCAAGGACGCCCAAGGGGUAGCAAGCACAAGGGGGCGGUUGGCCUUCGACAUCGAGAGAACCCCUGUAUAUUCUCACUAAAUGCAAAACCACGUGAGAACAGACGAAAGGUUCUCCGAGUCCGAAUCAAUGGCCAAGAUCAUCUCACCUGUCCCGAUUCUGGAUCGGAAAAGAACAUCAUUUCGAAAGCUUGCGCUGUUGAGCACGGAUUCCGUAUUCGCCGAAAAACCAAAGACAUAAAGCGAUUCGAAGUUGGAAAUGGAGAUAUUGUGUGGUCAAUCGGACGGGUGUUAGAAACCGUUGGGCUCCCAGGCAGCCCUCUUUGGCAGAAGAAACGUCGGUUUUAUGUCCUAGAGGACUGCCCGGUCCCUCUGGUUAUGGGAAUGAAGUUCUUAAAGGAGGCCGAGAUUCUCACCAAGUAUAGACACCUGCUUGAGAACUGCCCGGCUGAGAUAAGCAACAUCCCGUCACUGCUGUGGAUUGGAUCCCCCCGAAGCAGGAUACGAUGCACAAUUGAUGGGCGAAAACUAGAGGCUGUAGCCGACACUGGAUCAGAUCUUAACCUCAUGUCCCUAGAAUGCGCAGCGAGGGAAGGGUUUCGGAUUGAUGCGCGCAUAGAGGCUAGGACCACGAUAUUGCUUGGUAAUAACAAAAAGAUAGAGACUCUUGGGCAGGUCUACGUCUCGAAUCUUACCUUGGAUUGGCGUGAGCCAGAGUCGGAUCUUCCUGAACAAUCACCACACGCACCUGCAACCGACGAGCCGCUCGAACCUGAUGGUCACGGGAGUGCAGACCCAUCACAUAGAGACGGGGAUGAUGAUUUAUACACGAUUUUUCAUGUCGUCAAACACUUGCCAUGCGAGGUAGUCUUCGGCCAGAAAUUCCUCGAUGAUAGAGAUGCCUUCAACAAGUGGCCAGAGCUGCUCGACAUCCCCCCUACGAAAUGGAGUCGACAAUUCGGGAAACGUCAGCAGCAAUUCGAGUUCAAGAUCUACAUUUCUGAAGGUUUCUCUUUCCGAAACUUUCUAACUAAGCGGAAGCCAGCUGUUGAUGUAAGGGAGCAGCAUGAGAGUAAUUGGCAUAAUGAGCUUCAUCGUCGGUCGAAGAAUACAGAAGAGAAGAUUGGGCUGUUGCCAUUAGGCGAGCAGGAUGCAGCCCGAAGGAGUGAGGCGAAGAAAGUACGAGACUGGCAUUUUGCGCAUGCUCGUUGUCAGUUCUGCAAUAGUAGGUCUGCCACAUAGGAAGGGGAGGAGCAAGCAAAUAGGGUUUAGGAAGUUGUAUUUAUCAUAUUUUUUUUUAUAUACCAUCUCGGAUUCAAAUUUAGCGUUUGUGACGGAUUGAGCGUCGUCGGGUUUCAUAUAUUUCAAUGUCAUUUUUUCGUUAGCUUAGAAUUCGUCAUUUUUACGAACGGCCAUACCCCUAUAGUUGUAGACUAGAAUAAUCAGAGAAAC